UGUCGCACAAUCACGCUCGCGAUUCUGAAAACUCAGUGUGGAAAUGUGAAGUUCUUUAAGGCACAAAGUUUAUUUUUUAUAUAAUUAUCGCUUAAAAUGUUUUCCUUUCGUCAGAGCUGCUGGUUUAUACGGAAGGUGUUGAAAUGGAGAGCUGUAGCGAGUAUAGUUUGGUCAGUGCUGCUGCUGCCUCCCAUCAUCUGUCUGCUCAUCUUAUUCAUCAGAUUCAGUGUGUUUCAUCCCACACACUGGCUCUCAGGAUGUCUGGGUUUGCUCACAGAGGCGAGUAUGGUUUUCUCUGUCUUCCUCCUCUGUGCAGCUGUUAUUUUUCUCGCCUUCUUCAACCUGCAGUAUUACACGGUCGUUCCCUCCAUCCCGUGCUCUCGGGUCGCGCUCCUGGCUGAAGUGCUCCACCCUCGCCGCUGUCUUCACUCUCUGGUGCACUGCUCAGCCGGCAUGCUGCUCAUGUGGUGUGUGUGCGUCAUGGCCGGCGGACGCUAUCAGAUGCUCCACUCUCCCUGUGUACACAGCGAGAGUGCCAGCGUUGGCGUGUGUCUGAACGAGUAUCACGUGUUCAUGCUGCUGGCUGGAGCGUUUAUGGGCUACUCUUACAGCUUACUGGGCGUCGUCCAGAACAUCCACUACGUCUCCUUUCACAUCAUACAGCAAUAUAAGUACAUGCGCUUUAAAGGCUCAGUGUGGUGGCUGGUGAAGUGCAGCGCUAUUCGGUCUCUAUAUUCUGUCAGGAAUUACAUCAUCCUCUAUUUUCUCUUUGGACACAUCCCCAGGAAGUGGAUCUGCAACACACUGAGUCUGCACCUAGACAGUUCUGUGAGCUCUCUCGACUCGUUCGGAGGACUGUGUGAUGUGUUGUUGUUCUAUCAGCUGUGGAUCAGUGGAACCUUCCUGCUGCUCAUCUGGAACCUCACCGUGCUGCUCUUCAGGAUCUACGCCACAGAGCCAUACAGUUUUCCGGUGCAGUCGUCAUUCGCCGAGGAUGCAGAAGAGUGCCUUCCUAAAGUCCUGACUGAAAAUAACGUCUUGGUCAUGAAGUUUCUGGCUCUGCAGGAUUUGGCGUUGCUUUCCCAGCAUUCCCCUUCACGCAGACAGGAAGUCUUCAGCCUCAGUCAGCCAGGUGGUCACCCUCACAACUGGAACGCUAUCAGUAAGGAGUGUGUGUCCCUGCUGAGUGACUUAACGCAACGUCUCAUCGCUCAUCACGACGUCGUGGCGUCUAACGGCAGAGCGAAACCACCGUCUGAGAACCACUCCAGAUCGAGCUCCUCAUCCUGCUCGGUGACGUCUGGGACAGAGGAUCUUCCUCAGACUCCUCGCCACGGUGCUCUGGUCCACACUCCUGGUUCGGUGUUUGGUUCUGCAGUGAGGGGUGUGAACCCGCCCCUGACCGCCCCAUUUACCCCCGACCUGAAUGCUUCAAUCUCUAGCCCCGCCCUCAGACCCCUACUUAGCCCACAGGUGGCCCCAAGACUCUGGUGGGCCUCGGUCCAGAGUCCUCACAUCACUCGAAGGAACCCCAAAUUAUGGAGCACGUCCACUGAAUCGCAGGCCAAUGGGAGCCCACUACCGUCUCCUGAUCCUGCCCCCAAACCAGCGGAAAAAAAGAAACCAGGCUUUCUGUCCCAGUGGCUCCAAAACAGGAAGGAACAGGUUAAAGGUUUCUUGGCAAAGCGUGUGCUGGUUGUGUAUUUAUUUAAUAAGCUGUCCGAGGCUUCGAGUCAGGCCCUGUUUGCUAAUAGCCAGGCGCACAUCUGGGCUCUGGAAGGAUUGUCUCAUCUGGUGGCUGCUUCGUACUCUGAGGACAAAUACGGAGUGGUGCAGACUACAUUACCCAGCAUCCUCAGCAGUAUGCUCUCUCUGCAAGAGGCCGUGGACCGGCACUUCAAGCUCCCUCACGCCUCCAGUAAGCCCGGGAAGACGUCGUGCAGUCUGGGCGACUCGUCCUACAAGACGCUGCGCUUCGCUCUGAGAGCGGCUCUGAAGACCGCCAUCUACAGGAUUACCACCACCUUCGGAGAUCACUUACAUGCUGUCAGUAUGUCGGCGGAGCAUCAGAAGAGACUUCAGCAGUUCCUGGAGUAUAAGGAGUAGCACUUACACCUCAGCAUUUCAGCUCUUUCACCCUGAAGCCUGAGAAUCUGAACUUCCCUCUGAUGAUGAACGCAGGAGUCGCUGCUCGCAGAGACGGUCGAACACAUGCAGUUUGGAUUUCUGUGGAAUUUAUGUCCUUUUUUUUUUUUUUUUUUUUAAAGGCUUUGUAAAAGUGGGCGUGGUCACAGCUCACACGUUCACCUGCUUUGCUCAGGUGCACCUCACCUUCACGCUGAACUCAUUACUGCACAAAGGUGACAUUGGACGAUCAUCCGGUUUAUAAAACUCUGGGUUUUCUGGCUUUGUUUAAAAAAAUGAUAGUGAAUAAAAUUUUCUACUCA